UGCACGUGGCGGUUGGGUUCAGACGUCGUAGUCGCAGUGUGUCAGAAUCAGUUCGCGCUUUUAUAGAUUUCGGUUUUAUUUUGAAGAUCCGAGAGGAGCUUUGAUUUUUUUCGACGCGUCGCAUUGUCUUGGAGCAUCAAAGGUGUCACUGACAUAACUCCAACUGUCCAAAAUAGGCUAUUACAACAGGAGGAUCAAAAUGGCGCUUCGAACAGCUGAGGGACCAAUCAGAUACGAGUGGGAUAGAUUUCCAGCUUACAGGAACUCACCGUCACCUUCCGCAUCCUACGAUAAUGAUGAUAAUCUUCCCAAAGAUCCCAGACAGUGGACCAGAGAACACGUAUUGCAAUGGUUGAGGCACAUAACCACAGUUCAUGGAUUACCAGACGUACCUUCUUCGAGGUUCCUUAUGAACGGAAAAGCUUUGUGUUUGAUGUCGCCCGGUAUGUUCCUGUCCCGAGUGCCUUUAGGUGGCAAACUGCUUUACAAAGACUUCCAGUUGAGGUUAUGCGCUGCAAUGUACUCCAGAAAUUAAGACUAUACUGUUAUAGUGGUUACUUAUCUGUGUUAUUAUCGAAGAAGGGCAUUUGGCUACGAUUUUCAUCGUUUUUCCUACAAUUUAAGUGAGAUGGAAUGUUAUGGCGGCUAGUACUGGCAGCCGUUUUAAUUGACAGUUGGACAUUGUUCCAUGAAUGCUGUAAUCUACCUCAACAUGUUUUUUUUAUGCAGUUACAAAUUAGCCAAAAUUUGCUUCUCACUCAGUAGGAAAAUUUCAAAUAUGUUACAACGCAAAUAGCUUAUUUUUUUAAUAUGGUUGUCGGUGUAAAUAUAAUUUGUAGAUGGCAGCACUUCUGUAUAUUUUAGUUUCAUAAACGCUAUCAUAGAAUCUUGUAGACUGAUUUGUUAAAUGAAUGUUUGUAUAUUUUUGCUAGUCAUGUACAUAUUUAUACAUAAUUCGGAAAAAUUAUUUAAUUUUAUAUUGUAUAUUUUGAGAUGUUUGAAAUAAAA